AUGAUGUCUAACGUGAGCUGCAAUAAUGCGUAUGACGAUGCGGGAAGGGGCAAUUGUCGUCAUCCGAAUGACACGAAUUCAUUCAAAAAAACGAGUUUAGGGCGAAUCACUUCGCUUUCUGAAAAAAAUACACAAAGUUUUAACGAAUCUACAUUGCAAAAUUCGAUUCCUAUUCCCAGUAUGGAAUGGGUGCAAUCGUUAAUCGCUCAUGAAGUUCGCGGUUCGGACGAUUUUUCUUUCGAAAACAAUCAAGUUAGUGCUUCCUUAUUUUAUGGAUCAGCAUGUAAAUACCCUACUGAAAUGGUUGACUUACCGCCAAAUAAGUCUCAUUAUUGGUUUGAACAGAAUGCGGAUGUGAAUUCUGUUCCUAAGGAAACUAGCGUGAAUUGCCAUUCAAAUCAAGGUCAGCCGUUGCAAUCGAUUGUUUUGCCUCCACAGAACUACGACCAAAAUUUUAUUUCAAGCUAUCAUAAUGCAUAUCAGUUAAAACGAAACUGGUCUUUACCACAUUAUGCGCAAUCGGCAAAGGAUUAUGCUAUGCAGAAUUUUGCACAUCCCUUAUUUCUUCCGGAUCAACGACAAUUUUUAAAAUAUUCUUCAAAUCCGAAAGACAAAUCCGAAUGUGAUUUGCAAGCAGUGACAUCGAAAUGUCUUGAGUUCCAAGAAAAUCUUGCGAACGAAAUAGCUGGAAAUUAUUCAUCAAAUAAUCGAAACUGCUGGAAGGAUCCUCAUCGUUGUCUUCGCAUAAAUCCAUCUCAAAAUUCAAAUCGGUCGUUAAGUCAGCCACUAACGUCCGACGGCGAAAUUAUAAAAUAUACUGCUGCAGGAACUGCUCCAGCUUUAUCGGCUUAUAAAAGCGAUUUUGAUGAAGUGGCAUUAUGUUCCUCAACAUCAUCUGGUUCUGCGCAUACUUAUAGAGGCCAACCAGUUUUUACAUUUCCUGAUAAUGAAGCAAUGUUGUCAAACGGAAGUGUGUUCCAGACUUGGCCUUAG